AUGGUUGGCAGCUCCAUUGGUCCAAGUUCCAUGUCCUAUGGAUUAACAAAGGAUAAUCAGCAGGGCAAAGCACCAGGAGUUGAGAACCAUGACAUGUAUGAACCGCCUACUUCAACUUUAGACUCGCUACACCGAUCACUAAGAUUAGCUGUAAAGCAGCCUCUUGGUUCCAACAAAGCGCUGACUGUUGCCUGCCUGGUUGACCAUCAGGAUUAG